AUGAAGGGGAGAAUUGACUCAUAAGGUAGUAAAAGUAGCAAGAGAUAAUUGGAGAUGGAGAGGUUGGUGUAGAGACCAGAAAUAGGAUUAGCCACUUUAGGUUAAAUGUUUAAAAACUAUUCAUAAUAGUUAGGAGGAUUGGAAAAUGGCAAGAUAACCAAGUUGGAAUUUCGUAAGUUCUUAAUAUUUGAAUAAAUAUGCUUCCUAUUUAAUUCUACCGGACUAGCUUUGAGUAUGUUGGAAUAUAAUCUGGAAUUCGAAGAGGAAAGAUGGAUAUCCAUAUGGUUGUUGUGGAUGAUCCUAAUAUUUACCAUACUGCUGCUGGUUUUCACAGUUUUAAGAUAUGAAUAACAUAUGAAUUGGUAGAAAUCUAGGAAUUUGUUGACCAAAAGGGAAAGAUUAUGGCAGACAGAUUUAUGGUAUCCAAUGUUGAUAGAAUUGUCAAUAUAUUUGAUUAUCCCCUACCCAUUCUUAAGAGGGAUAAGAGUGUAUUUUUACAACAAUUUUUAAGAAGCCACAGCUUACUAUCAUGUUAAUGAAAUUCUUGAAUUGUUUAUGUUAUCAAGAACAGUAUUCCUUUUUAGAAGUCUUUUGGCUUAAACUUUUUGGUAUAGUAACAGAACUCAAAGAGUGUGUGCCUUAUAUGCAUGUGAAGGUAAUUAUAUGUUUGUGGCUAAAUCCUUAAUGCGAACUUCUCCAUACACUGCAUAAUCAAUAGCUAUGACAUCAUUAAUUCUUGUUUUCGCUUAAGCUGUGAGAAUCAGUGAGAAUCCCUUGGCUAGGAAUGAUCAGAAUAAUAAUAAUCUUGGCAAAUAUGACAAUGCGGUUUGGAACAUUGUUAUAUCAAUCACAACAGUUGGAUAUGGUGACUUUUAUACCAGAACAGAUUUGGGGAGAUUUGUGAUAUUUGUUGUUUGUGUGCUUGGAAUCUUUGUCAUUUCUCUCAUGGUUGUCACUUUAAUCACUUCCUUAGAGACUUCUUCUUUGGAAUCUCAUGCAAUAACUGUUUUGGAGAGAAUUUAACUCAGAGAAUAAAUGGCCAAAUCAGCUUCAAUGGUAAUCAUGUACUCUUUAAGGAUUGUGGUUGCAUUAAAGAAAGGGAAUUUAAAUAAGCUUUAAUUCAGAUAACUGAUUCUCAAUUUAAGAUAUAAUCUGAAUGAAUUUAAGAUAAAUAGAAGAUAAUAUAGAAAUAAACAGGAUGUUGGUAGUAUGAAUGAGGAAAUUACCAAUCAAUUUAGUCUUUUAAGAUCUGAUUUUACUGGAGCCAUUGAAAAACAAAAAUCUAUAUUUGUUUAGAAUGCAGAUAUCAUGAAUAAAUUAGGAUUAGAAACUAAGCAAUUUCAAUUGUGA